CCAUUGAACACUGAGUAGAUGACUUUCACUACCUAACAAAAAACAAUAACAAAACAGAAAAAUAUGAAGCCACCUCCAUCUUCUUCUCCAUUUUCCUCUUCUUUUCUGAGAAAAAAUCGUUUUUCUCCUUUUUUUUUAAUAUUACUACCCUUCAUUGUUCUUAUUAUUAUUCUGUACAGUGAAGAAUUCAACUGCAUUUUUAGCCAGCUUGACCCCAGAGUUUCAAGCCAACAACACAAUUCUAUCUCAAGAAAUAUUAAGAAGAACAAACAAAAGUUACCAUUUGCUAUAGGAGCAGAGGAAGGCUGUGAUGUGUUCAGUGGGAAAUGGGUUUGGGACGAGAAUCGGCCUUUGUACGAAGAAUCAGAGUGUCCGUACAUACAACCACAGUUGACUUGCCAAGAACAUGGCCGGCCAGAUAAAAACUAUCAACAUUGGAGAUGGCAACCUCACGAUUGCUCACUUCCGAGUUUCAAUGCGACGUUAAUGCUAGAAACUCUUCGGGGGAAGAAGAUGUUGUUCGUGGGCGAUUCCUUGAACAGAGGACAGUUUGUUUCCAUGGUUUGUCUUGUCCAUAGACUCAUUCCCGACGAUGCUAAAUCCAUGAAAACUGUUGGUAAUUUCGACAUUUUCACCAUUAAGGGUUAUAAUGCAACUAUAGAGUUCUACUGGGCACCAUUUCUACUGGAAUCAAAUUCUGAUGAUGCAGUCAAACAUAGAAUCGAGCAAAGAGUUGUUCGAAAAGGAUCAAUAAAUGCACAUGGAAAAUAUUGGAAAGGGGCUGAUAUAAUUGUGUUCAAUACUUAUCUUUGGUGGAUGAGGGGCCUUCAUUUUAAUAUUUUGCAAGGGUCAUUCGACGAUGAAGUGAAAGAUAUAGUGGAAGUUUCCACAGAGGAGGCAUAUCGAAUGGCAAUGAAGAGUAUGUUAAAAUGGAUUAAAAAGAAUAUGGAUCCAACGAAAACCAGAAUCUUUUUCACUAGCAUGUCACCUUCUCAUGAAAAGAGCAUAGAAUGGGGAGGAGAACAAAAUAAGAACUGUUACAACGAGACUAAAAUGAUAGAAGAUCCAAACUACUGGGGUACAGAUAGUAGAAAAAGCAUAAUGCAAGUGAUUGGAAAAGAAUUUAGUAAAUCAAAAGUGCCCAUCUCAUUUCUCAACAUUACACAACUCUCAAGUUAUAGAAAAGACGCGCACACAACAAUUUACAAGAAGCAAUGGAGUCCAUUAACACCAGAACAACUAGCAAAUCCGUUUAGCUACGCUGAUUGUGUUCAUUGGUGCUUGCCUGGACUUCAAGAUACUUGGAACGAACUUUUAUUUGCGAAGCUUUUCUAUCCUUGAGAUUGAUUUUAUUGAAAAUUGAAGGACGUCGUAUUAUAUAAUGUUCUCAAGAUGGAUUUGUGGGGUAUUAGGAUAGAAAUUGUUAGUUUAGUAUACACCACUUAUACACUGGAACUUGGACAAGAAACUGUACACAAUUUAUUUUUCUCUUUAUCUAAUUGAUGUUUUUUUCCAGGGAGAUGUAGAAUUCAACAUGUAUGGUAAAUCCCAGGCUUUAAGAUAUAAAAAAUGCUACAGACGGCAUGUCACAUGGGUUCCUACAAAAAUAAUUGUACCAAAAAUUUGAAGCAUAACAUGUUCUAUUCA